AUGUGGUCCACCUCCUUCCUCCGACCCCAGGCACCAGACAGGAGAAGGAUGGGCCAAUACAUCUAUUAUCUUCUACUGCUGCUAUUGAGCUUUGCUCUGGACUCAUCCUCCUAUGGGCCAAACACCAGAGCCCAGAAGAAGGGAGACAUCAUUCUUGGUGGACUCUUCCCCAUCCAUUUCGGAGUCAACUCAAAGGACGAGAUCUUAGAAUCAAGGCCAGAAUCCCUCGAGUGCACCAGAUAUAACUUUCGUGGGUUCCGAUGGCUGCAAGCCAUGAUAUUCGCAAUCGAGGAGAUCAACAACUCGACCACCAUGCUGCCGAAUAUCACACUGGGCUACAGGAUUUUUGACACCUGCAACACGGUCUCUAAGGCCCUGGAGGCCACCCUCAGCUUCGUGGCCCAGAACAAGAUUGACUCGCUAAACCUGGAUGACUUCUGUAACUGUUCAGAGCACAUGCCCUCCACCAUCGCCGUGGUUGGAGCUACGGGCUCCGGAAUAUCUACCGCAGUGGCCAACCUGCUGGGGCUUUUCCAUAUACCUCAGGUCAGCUACGCUUCCUCCAGUCGCCUUCUCAGUAACAAGAACCAGUAUAAAUCCUUUUUGCGCACAAUGCCCAAUGACGAGCACCAAGCCACCGCCAUGGCAGACAUCAUUGAGUACUUCCAGUGGAACUGGGUAGGAACUAUU